GCAAUUGUUUGACUUGACGUCAUCGUUCAGUUGAUAUCGUCGUAUCGUCGUCUUGUAACUUAUUGUAAUUUUGCGAAAUAAAGAUAUUUUUUGUAGUGUGUUACAGAGCUGUAUAUUAGAAUUAGACUUGAAAUGAUCUUAAAAUAUUCAUUUACUCCUCGAUAACACAAAUUUAAUGCUUAAUUUCCAAAAUUAUGUCGUUAUAGUGCAUUCUAGUUGUUAAUUGAAUCCGCGCAAAAUGUGGUCCUUUUUCUCUCGUGAUCCUACAAAAGACUUCCCAUUUGAAGUAGGUGAUCCAGUUUGUGGCUUAGAAGAUAGGUCGGUGUGGUCUGUCCAUAAGGGUAAAAAAAGAGGCACACAGGAUGAAGUAUCUAUUUUCUUGUUUGAUGUUCAAAAGAAUUCGGAAACCUUAUUUGACAUAGCAAAGGCCUCUUUAAAGAAACUGAAGACUAUGAGACAUCCUAGCCUUUUACAUUACUUAGAUAGUUGUGAAACUGAAAAGUUUUUAUAUGUUGCUACUGAAUAUGUGGAACCUUUAGCCACUCAUAUAGAAGAAAUGAAAUUGGAAGGACAACAAAAAGAACUCUUCAUUGCAUGGGGAAUUUUUCAAAUCACUAGAGCAUUAUCAUUUUUAAAUAAUGAUGGUAAUAUGAAACACAACAAUGUUUGCCUCUACUCAGUGUUUGUGACAUUGGCCGGUGAGUGGAAACUUGGUGGGUUUGAGUUCCUCUCUGCUCUGAGUCAGGAAUCUUCCAACCCCAUUCCCAUCAAAAUAUUACCUGCACUUGAAAUUUAUGAUCCACCAGAGAAAAAAGAUUCAGCUAAACUAAAAGCAGUUACUAAGUGUUCAACAGAUAUGUGGGGUUUGGGUUGCCUCAUUUGGGAAGCUUUUAAUGGUCCAUUAAAAAACCAACCAGCAUUGAAAACUGUUGACCACAUACCUAAGCAGCUGUGUACAUUAUAUUGUGAACUAGUCAGUGCAAACCCAGCUUCCAGACCUAAUCCUGCAGAUAUUAUAGCUAGAUGUCGCAAAUUAGGCGGUUAUUUCAAAAAUGAUCUGAUUGACUCAAUGUUGUUCCUAGAAGAAAUCCAAAUUAAAGAUAAAGUGGAAAAGGGGAAAUUUUUCUCGACUCUCACUGGACACUUAGAUAACUUUCCUGAGGCAGUUUGUGUUCAUAAAAUCUUACCCCAGCUACUCACUGCUUUUCAUUAUGGAGAUGCAGGAUCUGCUGUACUGCCACCAAUGUUUAAGCUAGGAAAAUUACUAGAUGAUGCUGAUUAUCAAAAACAAAUAGUGCCAUGUGUUGUAAAAUUGUUUGCGUCCAAUGACCGCACCACAAGAUCACGGCUAUUGCAACAACUUGAUCAAUUCAUUAUGCAUCUACAAAAUGCCACAGUGAAUGACCAAAUAUUUCCACAAGUGGCUAAUGGUUUUCUUGAUACUAAUCCUAUUAUCAGGGAACAAACUGUUAAAUCUAUAAUCCAUUUGGCACCUAAACUCAACUACAACAACUUGAAUGUAGAAGUCCUAAAACAUUUUGCUAGAUUGCAAGCCAAAGAUGAUCAAGGAGGAAUAAGGACUAACACUACAGUGUGCCUAGGCAAGAUCGCAGCCCAUCUACAUCCUCAAAUCAGACAAAAAGUGUUAGUUUCGGCAUUCGUGCGCGCAACCCGCGAUGCUUUUCCGCCCGCACGGCAAGCUGGUGUGUUGGCACUUGCUGCGACACAGCAGUAUUUUUUGCUCGUUGAAGUCGCUAACAGAGUAUUGCCAGCAUUAUGCCCCCUUACAGCAGAUCCAGAAAAACAAGUUCGUGAUGCCGCCUUUAGGACUAUAAAAGGUUUUCUUGGCAAGUUAGAGAAGGUUUCCGAGGAUCCUAGCUUGAAGGAAGGAAUGGAAGCGGAUGUGAAUACGGCGACUCCGUCUCUCAGCAACGCGGCGGCGACAUGGGCCGGUUGGGCAGUCACAGCCGUCACGGCUAAAUUCUACCGCUCGCACUCAGAUACUACUCGCGUCCAACAUUCUACAAAGUCAGCACUGUCCAAACCGGGAUCACUAGAGCAACCGUCGUCGAGCAGUAUGUCAACCACUACAUCGUCUGUGACAUCGAUGACGUCACUGGAACACAGCGAGUCCGUGUCCGAUUACGAUCCGGAACACUGGGACAUGGCCGCGUGGGGAGAGAUCGAUUCGAGUGCAGGUACCGGCGCUAGUGCUAAGUCACCGCCGAGCAGUGGCAGUGCGCAAGCGACGCCUGCGCUAGCGGCGUUAUGCGAGGACGAUUGGGACAACGAUGAAUGGGGAACACUUCAGGAACAACCAGCGGCGGAACAAGAUCUGGUUAGUCCAUCUGAGACGUGGAAUAACUCUCAGUGGUUAGAGGGCGGGCUUAAUAACGCGAAUGCUACGUACGUCCGUCCGCGCAACGUCUCAGCUCACCAUCAGAACAGUAACGACUCGCUCGGCGGCUGGGAGGACGGCGAAUUCGAACCAAUCGAAGAAAACGCAGACGAAAAUAAUGCUUCAAAAAUGGAUGAAAUGCGACGGAAACGCGAAGAAAGGAAAAUACAAAGGCAACGGGAAAUGGAAGCGAGACGAAACGCGCGCGCACAAGGCCCUAUGAAGCUCGGUACUAAGAUCACCGCCCCGCCCUUCUAGUCGGUACUGUUACGAUAGCUCUCAGGUACCAGUGUUGAACCAAAUUAAAUCAUUUUAUUACUAUCAAUAUUAAUACAUAGAACUAUAUUCUUUAAAGAAAUAAUUUGAAUCUAUUUUCUGUUGUUCAAAUGCAUUUCUAGUGAUCAGAAGGCCAAACUUUUUCACUUUCAUAUAUUAGAAAAAGCAAUUUCAUAUACGAGGGUCAAACUGAAAGUUCUUAGAAAAUCAAAAACUGAUUACAUUAGCCAGUUAUUAGUUUUAUUAUAUCUUUUCAAAAUAUUGUCCAUUCACGUCAAUACACCGCUGCAUGCGAUGGA